AUGAUUGUCAACAGUGGCUUGCAAAUUGCGCUCCUCCUCACGGUCUAUUUCGACAUGACGCUACGGGAUGUCUUUGCAUCACAGGUGAAGGAGAUGAUCCAUUGGCGCGCCUUGAAGGGUCACAGCUACGACGACUUCGAUUCAGACACGGGGUACUCCGUGAUCAACCGCCUCUGUCAGCACAAGCUGUGGUCCUUCGAGCAAGAAGAGUACCAGGAGAUGUUCGAGUAUCUCUACAUGCCAAUGCCAGGGUGGACGCUCAGUGUCCUGGCCAUCAUCAUGUGGGUGCUGACCAUGAUGGCUGAGUAUCGCCGCUGUUGCGAACAGGGGUUGGCCCUCUGGCACCUGCCGACCCUGAAAAGAGGCGAUCCUGCUGUGCUGAUUACGGAAGAUGGUGAACAAGAUGAGAUUCUCGGAAUCUACAGGGUUCUUCGCCUCUUGGCUUUUGCCACUCUGAUCAUACCGCGACUGUUCGUCACCAUUUGUCUCUGCCUUGUGGGCUGCCAAUACUUGGCGCAGACUGCCUCUUUGCACGACAUCGUGCUCAACGCAGUGGCGUUGGCUUUUGUCUUGGAUGUCGACGAGUUGCUCGCGCAGGUGCUCUUCACAGAAAGGAUACGCAUGACGCUGCCCAGGAUCAAGCCUCUGGCCUGCGGCGAGAACAAGCUCCUUCUCGGCUUUCCAGUUAAAGAUCUGCUUCGCUACGUCCUCACCCUUGGCUUCGUACUCGCAGCAGUUAUCGGCUUCUUGAUCCCCUUCAGCGCCAACGUGCAGGCGGCCGCACUGGCACUCUGCGGCGGAGUCCACGAUUUCAGCUUCUCCGGAGGCCAUGCCGACUCCCCCCCGGUCGUCCUCCAGCCGAAAUACACCGCCACGGAUCAAUGGACGCCGUCUUGCACUGCGCCAGGGGAAGACUACGACAGCUACCUUCGCGACUACUACGGUUUUGGCGUGAAUGAGAGCGUGGCAAGCGUGCACAACAGCAGCUUCGUGGAUUCCAUCGACUACACUGCCAUCAAGACCCGUUUUGUCUUGGCAUAUGCCCUCACGGAUCCUACGUGCCCCAGUGGACACGUCCGCGAGCCCUACAAGAGCAAGACCGUCGUCGACAAUGAGACCAGGUCUUGCAUUGCCAUUCCCCAGGCGCUGACUGAAAACCUGCCCGCAGAUGUGGGUGUCGGCACGAUCUUUCCGUCUUGUCCCCGUUUCAAUGCCUCGGACAAGUGCAAGAGUCCCGACACACCAGAAGCGUGCAUCUGGUCGUGGCGCUCCAUCAAGUGCGAGCAAUACGAAGCUAAACCUCCCGGACACGUCUUUGCGCGGGCUUGCGCUGCCUCCACUAACCAGGAGGAGUGCGACAUGUGGAGGUAUCAGGUUGGGGCGCCGCACCCUACCAAGAAUUGCAGGGUUGUUGAUGAGUGCGGAGAAGAUGCAGACUGCUUAGAGAUGGAAGGAUGGGUCCAAUUCAACAUGACCUAUCCGCCACUUGUCAUGGCGUUCUCAAAUACCGUCGAGGAGUCUCUGAAGACCGUCAUGGUCGCUAUGCAUUCCCUGACUGCAGACAGUGUCACGAUCGUCGAUUUCAUCCGCACGUUCUCCGGGAAUUUGCCGCAGGAAGAUACCUUUGAAGCGCGAUACAGAAUCCAUCCGGUGCCAAUGACCCUCUUGACAGAGAGGCUAUACCAAAGUGCUUCGGCACUUCGCCGCUUCCUGAACCAACAGCUGACCUCGAACAAUAUCACCUUCAAUGUGACCGGCAUCAAGUUCGACCAGCAAUCGACAACCUUCCGAGACGCCUCUGAAAGUGAUCCUGGCUUCGGAACCUGGACUAUCGACUAUAAUUAUGGCGGUGGCUAUGGCCCUGGCGGCCCUCCUUGA